UGAAGUACAACUCAAUUUCCUUCUAUAUUCAAACUUCCAAAACUAGUCAUUUAUAUCAAACAUGAUUAUCAUCAUUAAAAGUGGUUAUAACCCUUUUUGUUAGUUAUUCAUUCUUAGAAAUCAAUUGAGUAAGUUUUUUUUAUUUUUAUUAAAAAAAAAAAAAAAAAACAUGCUUGUAUGAGAAGAAUGACUAGUAAGUGAGGCAAGCAAAUAAGGUGGUGGUCUCACUCCUCCCCACUAUACCUAAUCUACUCUUUUUUCAUGCACAUAAAUAAAAUUUCAAACUUCAUUCUUUUUCCACUCGUGUACUUCUCAUAAUUUUAAUCCAAGUUAAUUUAAAAAAGAAAUCAAAGUAACAAAUUUUAUUAAACACCCUUUAAUUCCAUUACUACUAUUAUUAUUAUUAUUAUUAUAUUGUGAUGAUCCCUUGUUCAACAGCUCCAGCAACAGUAAUAGUUGCAACUUCAUUAGAAUUUGAUGAUGCAAAAGAUCUUCUUUCUUGGGCUAUCAACAUUCUUUCUCAUCCCAACGACACCAUUAUAGCACUACAUGUUAUAGUAGGAAAGGAGCCUAAGAAACUUGUGCCUAAAUCAAGAGAUUAUAGACGAUUUCGCCGAGCUAAAUCUUUUGUUCUUUCUGUCAUGGGAGAGUUUGCCGAGACUUGCCAGUGUAAACAGGUGUACUUGGAGGCUAGAGUUGUAUAUAGCUCGAGUAUAGGGAGUGGUUUAAUCGACGAGGCUAAGAGAACAACCGCGGAAUUUCUAGUUCUAAAAGGAUCAAAGCUUGAACCAAAAAGAACAACAGGGGAAAUUUCAAAGCAUUGCAUGAAAUAUGCCCCAAAAGGUUGCUCAAUUAUCACAAUUGGGCAACUAGAAAAAGAAGCAACAUUGGAUUCAUCAUCAAUCUUAAAGGAAGGUACAUUAGAAGAGAAGUCUCCUAGGACAGUUUUGAAUGGUGUUGAAGGGGAAAGUGCUCCUAGUACCGAAGAUGAUAACUCUAGUUUUGAUGAUUCGAGUAGCAACUCCGAAUCAUCUUUACCUGUAUCACCACCAACAUCAACAACAACGACAACAACAAUAGUAAAAACAAAAACAACAACGACGACAACAACAACAACGACCAAGUUUAAGGAGUCGCCUUUGAGACGUGUAGCGUCAUUUUUCUUGAAGAACACGUCAAGUGGAAGGAGAAGAAAUAAUGAGAAAUGUAGCAUUGGUGUUGGUGGAGUAGAAAAGCUCCCAAAACCUUCUUUAAAAUACUUUAGUUAUGAUGAGAUCUCACAAGCUACCAAAGAUUUUCAUCCAGAUAACAUGAUAGGACAAGGUGGAUAUUCGGAGGUAUAUAGAGGAGAUAUGCAAGAUGGAAAGAGCAUAGCAAUUAAAAGAUUAGCCAAAGACAACACUAAUCCACACAAAGAGAAGGAAUUUCUUAUUGAAUUGGGUAUUAUUACUCAAGUUUCUCAUCCGAACACGGCUUCAUUAAUUGGUUACUGUAUUGAAAAUGGUCUCUAUCUCAUUUUCCCUUUCUCCUCUAAUGGCAACCUCUUUGAUGCCCUUCACGAUGACGAAAGAAAGUCAUUAGAAUGGGCAGUGCGGUACAAAAUAGCAAUAGGUAUAGCAAAAGGACUCCAUUACUUGCACAAGUGUUGCAAACAUCGUAUCAUACAUCGUGAUAUCAAAGCUUCCAACGUCCUUCUUGGACCAGAUUAUGAACCACAAAUUACAGAUUUUGGACUAGCAAAGUGGGUCCCAAGCAAUAAGUCAAGUUAUCAAAAUGCAUUUUUGCCAAUAGAAGGCACAUUUGGAUACUUAGCACCAGAAUAUUUUUUGCAUGGAAUUGUGGAUGAAAAGACCGAUGUUUUUGCAUUUGGCAUUCUUCUUCUUGAGAUUAUCACCGGUCGAAGACCUAUUGAUUCUUCCACACAAAGUCUUCUAUUAUGGGCUAUGCCAUUAAUGGAGAAUGGGAAAAUCUCAGAGCUAGUUGACACAAGAUUAGAGGGUGAAUAUGACCAAGACCAAUUACACAAAAUUCUACUUACAGCUUCUUGUUGUGUGAGACAUUCCUCUACAUGGCGUCCCUCAAUGAAUGAGGUGUUGGAGUUGUUAUCAGAAGGCCAAAACUCUGAAAUUGCUCGGAUAUGGGGUGUUCAAAAGAGUUCAUCGGACGAAAUAGAUGAUUAUUCUAUGAUUUUUGGCUAUAAUGUCCCUAUUGAUAAGGAAUUAGAAAAGGCAAUAGCAGAACUUGAAAUUUAGAAGAUUUAUAAACUCUAAUUUCGCAUGAGAUUGUGUUAUAAUACUAGUAUUUCAUUUUGUGAGACAGGGUGACUUUUUUUUCUAAUUUGUAGGGGGUAACUUAAUUGUUCCUUUAUCGGAUAUUCAAGCUAUCUUUUGUAAUUUGUACUCGUGAUAAAUUAAUGUAGAUUGUUAGCUUAAAACUUGUUAUAUAUAUUAAUACCCUGGUCUUUAUUAGCUAAGCUAUCUGUUCAGUGUGUAUAUUACUAUUAGGCUUUUUUUUAUUUUAUUUUGUCCAAACUUUUUUCAAGAACAUAGAGCCAAUAUAGUCAUUUGGAACAAAUAACCGGAUGAUCCACAUGUUCUACAUGUCAUUAACGACAUAUUUCUAACUGUGCAACUUUACAUUAUUAAAGGAACGAAUAAAGUAGAAAGAGUUGUAGCCUUGUAAUGUACCGCAGCAAUGGUGAAAAUGAUUGUUAAUACCUUUGCAAGUUGUUUUCGACUUUUGGUUAAGUUGAUUCUUUGAUAUGAUUCUUAGGUUUUUUUUAGCGUGGUCUUUGACAAUUUAUUUUGUAAGAUUGACAUAAAGUAGAAUUGAAAAAUGCACUACAUGAAUUAGCUUGAUUUUUGUUGGCUUUGUAUAAGCAAAGACCUUUUGUUGGGCAAAAUACUUGGGGCAUGUAUGUAUGAUGUAUCAAAAGCAACUUCAAACCAAACAUGUUUUACUUGGGGCAUUUGCAGAAGUGGGCUUUCCUUAUAACAUAUUUAAAAAUGGGCUUAAGUCCCUGUGAUUACCCAACUUUUGAUGCGAACCAACUCUUUGUUACUUGGUUGUAUCUUUGAUCUUUUAGCCUUUUAGGCUGUUGAGCUACUGUGUUGUGUAUUAUGUUAAGCCUAUUUAUUUUUUGUUAUUUAAGUGCGGAUCAUUUACCUAACAAGGUUCAAUCAGUAAGGUUGUGAGAUUGCUUCCUAAUCCUAGUUUUUUUUUUUUUUUUCCUAGCUCUAUCACUAUCACAAUAUACAGUUUAUAUGGGAAUUUCUAUAAAUCAUAACCUAAUCUCCAAUUUUAAGCUUUUAAUUGUCCUUAAUUACAAACCUAGCUGCCAAUUAGCUAGCCCAAAUCAGUUCAUCAAUUGUGCUUAUCAUCAAAGUUACAUCCGAAGACAUGUGUUAAGGCCUAAUAUUGUACUUAGUAUUGUAUUUAG